GAGAGAUAGUGGUAUGAUGACGCGUCACGUGUUUGGGAUCACAGAAGUUCCCGUCAGACUCGAGAGUUGGAGGAGAAGUGUCAUGGCGCUAGGCGACUGUUGGAAGCAGCUGUCCUGGUUUUAUUACCAGUAUCUGCUGGUCACUGCUCUGUAUAUGUUGGAGCCCUGGGAGCGGACGAUCUUCAACUCUCUGCUCAUCUCAGUGGCAGCCAUGGCCGUCUACACCGGCUACGUCUUCAUGCCUCAGCACAUCAUGGCCAUCCUGCAUUACUUUGAGGUCGUCCAGUGACACCAUGACUCCGUCCAAGCCCUGGCUCUCCGUCCUCUCCUCUGUCAAUCUCUGUCUCCACUGCUUUAUCAAAAAUCAAGCUCUCUUUGGCGUCUGGAGGCCAUGUUGGACAUUGGCGUUGUUUCCUGAUGUUUAUCCUCUCAGAGUAAUGCUGCACCUUACAGGAUGUCAAACACUAGGAUGUCCACAGUGACCAGAUGUUGUGUUUUGUCAAUAUUGUUUUUCAGUUAUUGUUUCAUUCAGAAUCAGGAAACCACAGAUGGAGGAGUUCUGGUUUUCUCCAGUUUAAAGUUGGACCUGAAUGUGUUUUCCUAAAGGGACAGUACCAACAACUCUGCCAUCAUUGUUAACAGAUACUCUUGAUCGUAAGUAAUGUGUUGCCUUAUAUUUGUCAAGCACUGGCUGCGAUAUUCUGACCACAUGAGCUGCAAUAGAAGUAGAUAAAAUGAACAGUUUUGUUUUAUUUUUUAUUUUGUGCUUGGUUUUUUAUGUUUUGAGGCUAUUUUUACUCCUACUUUCGAAACAAGAGCAUUUUCCAACAGGAAUCUUGAGUUUCUCCAACACUCCCUCUCUCAUCCCAAUGUUCAUUGAAUUUAGUGAUUUAUUUUUUCAAUAACAGUGAGACAGGAACUCAUUCACUGCUGCCUCCUGUGGUCUGUUUGUGUCACUGGCGUAAAUCUUGAAAGUUUUCCCAACACUGCCAAAGUCAAUAUAUUAAGAUAUUUUGUUAUCAAGUUAUUUAAGACUUCACUGUUUGAAAUAUUUUGUUCACAUUUACUUCAGUGUCACAAACUUACCACAUGGACCAGCGGUCCCUCUUAUACCACAGGUUAAAAUUGGUGAUGAACUUUGGUGCAGAGGGACGACUUAGUUACAUUAAACAUUUGUUGACAAUGAUUUAACUUAUUAAAGUUUUUGUUUAAUCUGCAGUUUUAUUAUACCCUACAGCCAUGAUCAAGAAAAUCUGAAUUUCUUGUGUUUUUUUUUAAUGACAUUACAGAAUGUAUGUUUUAAAUGCAUUUAUGCACAAAAUGUGACCGAUUUGUGUUUUAUUUUACCAUUUAAAGUGCCCUGUGAGGAGGCGCUCUCAUUCCAUUUUCCCUUUUCUCUAAAGUACUGGAAGUGUGUUUACUUUCAGACCUGACAUAGAAAUAGAAAAUUAAAUGUGAUGCAUUAACUCCGUCUGAGCUGCCAUUACACUGGAACAUUUAUAUCUUUAAUUUGACUUUUAUGUUAUUUUCUAACUGACAUAAGUUUAUUCUCACGGUACAAUUUUAAAAGAUGAAAAACAAGUUGAAAAAAUGACCAAACUUUCUUUUACAAAAACAGUAUGACAAUGUUAAAAAGACCCAGAUUAUUCUAUUUUGAAGAAUUCAUGUCACAGAAACCAAGUAAACUGUAUUUUACUGAUUGUUAAAAACUUGUUUUUAUUCAAAUGUCUUACAGGACAGAAAAUAAUAAACGCCUGUCAAAAAAUUCAA